AAAUGUCAUAAAUUUUAAUUAAUUGUUUAGAAGACAUAGAACUAUCGGAAAAAUAUGGAUCAAAUGCAGACGCCACCGUCAAUCCCGCACAUAGUGCAAGUAUAUCAACCAUCUACCUCUCAUUCGAAGAUGCAAAAUUCACAAAUAAUCCAUAUAACUCAUCCGUCUCUUCAGACAUCAGAGGGUAAAGUGAAUUAUCAGCAGGCUGUAACUACAAAGUCUCUUCAUUUGCCGGUUACACAUGUUUCAGAAGUUUCAAGUCAGCCAAUUCAUAUGUCACAGAAUCAAAUAGUAAUAUCUUGUCAACAAACACAUUUACAAAAUAUUCAUCAGCCACUGCAAUCCCAAAUGACACAGCAGGUGCUACAGGGUCCAGAUAUGAGUCAAUCUUUGCAUGUGAUUUUACCUCAGGUGCCAAUAUUUAAGCAGCAUGUACUAGUAAGUGAAGUUCAACAGCAGUAUUAUGGCCAGUAUGAAGCAUUUAAUAAGGAACAGUGUAGUGUCACUAAAAUGGAACCAGGCUUACAUAUCCAGGCUGAAAAAGAGUGUAAGCCAGAAAUCCCAAAUAAUAAGUCUGCGGAAAUUGAAAUCUCUCCAGUAUAUAAAAAACGUAACAGGAGUCUUAAGCCUAAUCCUGGCACAUGGGCCUGUAAUAUUCGCAAAUUCAAACAUCAGAGAGGAGAAGCUUACAUUAGUCGUAGGGGGAAAUUUGUACCAGAAAGAUGUGUUCGUAAUACUAAAGACUGUUUAAAGUCUUGCAAGUACAGAUGCAGUGAGAGGAUAAGUGAUACAGAUCGAGAGCACAUAUUUAAAGCAUUUUACUCUUUGAAUGCUAAUGAGAAGAAACAUUUUUUACUAAAUACCACUGAAAGAAAUGAUGUGAAGCACAAAUCACCUGAUGAGAACCAUAAGAGACGACAUGCCUUUAAGUAUUUUUUCUUAGUUCGAGCUGUUCGGCAUACAGUUUGUAAAAACUUUUAUCUAGGUACACUGGCAAUAUCACAAAAACCUGUUUAUAACGUCCACUUAGGCAAGUCUGAGAUGAAUAUUCCUAAACCUGAUGGCAGAGGUCUAUCUGAAGCUAGUACACAUUCUUUACCGUCAGAAGUAAAAGAUGGUGUAAGGAAACAUAUAAUGUCUUUUAAUACUGAGGACUCAAAAUCGGUAAAGCGAUUCUCAAAGAAAAAGCAAUAUUUGGAACCUAAUUUAAGUAUAAAACAAAUGUAUACAAUGUAUUUAAAUGAUUGUAAUAAGGAUAGUGUGCUGCCAGUGAAGGAAUCUAUGUACAGAAAAAUCUUUAAACAAGAAUUUAAUUUACACUUUAGGAAAGUUAAACAAGAGCUACAGUUGUGUUGUAAAUGUAAAGGAGUUAUUAAAAAGAAAUUAUAGAUUUAUUAUAUAAUGCAAUACACAGAGGAGCAUAUCAGGGUUAUCACAAAAUAUCAAAUUUCUACAAUCAGUUUAGAUAUUAUUU